AUGGUUGCCCGGCCUCUCACACCAGAAGAUCCACCAGCAUUACACCAAUCUUUAUCUGCGAGCGAGAUCGAUCCAUUUGGGGUGCUUCCCGUGGAUACUUCGCGGCUACAAAUACUGCUGGGAGACAGCAGAGCCAGGAUAGCCUCCGAGCCAGUCUUCAGUAUUACUGAGGAGCUCGCAUUCCAAAACUUCCACGCCGUCUUUCGUACAGGCUUAACUGACCCUGCACUUUCAAAUGCGGUCAUGUUUUCCCUGUUGUUUGCAGUGGCAGAGGGAAAUUUGGACAUGGAAUGCCUAAAAUACAAGGGCUGUGCUAUCGGUGGUAUUCGAGACAAAAUUGUCUGUAUCAAAGGGGCAGUGUCAGAGUCUACAAUCGGAGCUAUUCUUCUAUUGGCGGGUGUAGAGGCUCAGUUAGGAAUGACCUCUCAAGUCCAGCUUCACAUGUCAGCAGUGAAACAACUACUCGACAUCUCUCGUAGCGAUGGUAUUUACCUCACGGGCGGCAUCAAGCGUGCAAUAUUCUGGCAAGACUUGAAUGCGUCAAUUCUGUCAGGCUCUGACCGAAUAGUUGAUCACAAUACAUUCUCAGAACUACGCUGGCAGCGAGACUCAUUCACACCUAGUUUCUACCGACUUCCACCGGGAUUUGACAUUAUAUCCCACUUGCUCAGUGAGUAUUUCGUCGAAAUACUGGAAGAUCUUCAUGCAUUGCAAUGCAUACGAAACUAUUCAAGCUAUGAAAAGGGCGAUCCGUUUUUGAUGGCCUACAUAAACAACCAUACUGCCUCUAUUCAAUCGAGGCUUGCGAAUUUGUCAUAUCUAUCCUCCCAGCUUCUUGGCCAAUUGCAAAAGGCUGAAGAAGAUUAUAUGUGUGAUGAAUACUCCGACUUGCUGCUUUGGCUGCUGUAUGUUGGCGGCACAUUUGCUCCACCUGGAUCAGUUCGAUCAACCUAUGUUAAUCUUCUCCGAUCGCAUAUAACUACAAGGUUCCGCGGUGUCCAUAACUCUCAUUCGAAAAUAUUUGAGAUUAUGAGAAAGUUUAUUUGGUCGGAUUUCGCUUUCUUCUCCAAGGCAUCGUUGCUGUGGGAAGAGAUAUUCGUAUAA